UUUGCAGGUACGCACAUUUAAAGUUCGACGACGGCGUGAAGAAAAUUACAACACACAAUGCGUGUAUAAUUUUUGCGAUUAAUAGGUUUGUCAUAUACGCAAAUGCCAAAUCGGGUCGACCGACGAACACGGAGACUUACGAAAACGAACAUACAACUCGAAGCCUGCACGCGUCACCGGACGACGGGCCGCUGACCGAGCCGAACACGACGACGACACCGCCGGCGGCGGACGUGCACCGACCGUGUGGCCGGACGACGACAUGGCCACCGCGUUCAAGGACCGGGCUGGGCAGACGGACGCCAUGCUGACCGCUGUCGGACGGGCGGCGGACGGCGGAUGCAGCGACGACGAAGCGUCGGCGGCGGCGGUAACGACGACGACGACCGGCGGAGGCGGCGGGGUGCAAUGCGGCAUCGGGCCGUGCCGGUCCAAGUGGAUGCAGGUGUUCGCUUCGAAGCAGGUGUUCCUGGCCACGUUCUGCUUCAGCUGGGUGCUGCAGGGCAUGUUCUCCACGUACUUCGUGAGCGUGAUCACCACGCUGGAGAAGCUGUUCCAGUUGCAGAGCAAGACGAUGGGCAUCGUGCUGAGCGCCACGGAGAUCGGGCAGAUCAGCUCGUCGCUGUUGCUCACGUACUACGGCGGCCAGGGCCACCGGCCGCGGUGGAUCGCGUCCAGCAUGGUGCUGUUCGGGGUGGCCGCGUUCGCGUGCUCGUCGCCGCACUUCCUGUUCGGGCACCACCAGUACCCGCUGGCGGGCCCGGCCAACGCGACCUCCGACGCGGACGACUACUAUCCGCCGAACAUGUGCGUGGCGCCGGAGAAGCACGCCGCGGCGGCGGCCAACGGGACGGUCGCGCGGCCGCCGUGGGCGCAGCAGGACUCGUGCGAGACGAACACGCUGUCCGAGCAGCAGGAGCAGUCGAAGAACACGCAGAUCGUGCUGACCAUAUUCUUCACCAGCCUGCUGGGCGUGGGCAUCGCCCAGACGGCCGUGUACACGCUGGGCAUACCGUUCAUCGACGACAACGUGGCCAGCCGCGAGUCGCCGCUGUACUUCUCCAUCACCAUCGGCGUGCGCAUACUGGGCCCGUCGUUCGGGUUCCUGUUGGGCGCGUUCUGCACCAGCUUGUACGCCGACCUCAGCACCGAGCCCAACAUGAACACCGAUCACCCGCGCUGGGUGGGCGCCUGGUGGCUGGGCCUGGUCGGCAUAUCGGCCACGCUGCUGCUGGCCUCCGUGCCCAUGUUCGCGUUCCCCAAACGGUUGCGCUCGCCCGCGUCGCCGUCCGCCGCGGCCAAGAAGCACCAGCUCGCCAACGGCCGGACCGGCGCCGCGGACGCGCCUCCGACGCCGUCGCCGCCGACCGCGUACGGCAACGGCGUGGACGCCGCGGCCGCCGCGCCGACCAAAGCGCCUCGGCUCAACGGGUUCCCGACCGCGGUCAAGAGGCUGCUGAAGAACGAAAUGCUCAUGUACCGGACCGCGAGCAGCGUGUUCCACCUGUUGCCGCUGGCCGGCAUCUACACGUUUCUGCCCAAGUACUUCGAGUCGCAGUUCCACUUCCCCACGCACACCGCAAACAUGGUAACCGGGAUCUACGGGAUCAUGGUAAUGGGCAUCGGAAUCAUAAUAUCCGGCAUAUUCAUUUUAAAGAAAAAUCCAAACGCAAGAGCAGUCGCCGCUUGGAUCGCGUUCACGGCUCUCGCAUACGCCAUAGGCAUGUGCAUACUAACGUUCGUAGGAUGUCCGACCACGAACAUCUCGGGACUGCGAUAUGACGAACGGAACCAGCCAAUAUUUGAAUCUCAAUGCUCGGACCGUUGCGUUUGCGACCAGGAGAUAUUCAGCCCGAUCUGCGGCUCGGACGGCGUCACGUACUUCUCGGCAUGUCACGCGGGAUGCCGGAACCAGACGGCCGGCAAAGAGUACACAGCCGGAUAUAAGUUCACGGACUGCCAGUGCAUGAACGGAAACGCCACGGACGCGUAUUCGGGCCCGUGCAAGGACGACUGCGAGGACUCGGGCUUCUGGUACAUAGCUCUUUUCUCGCUGUUCGUGUUCAUCCAUUCCACGUCCGAGGUGGGCAGCAUGUUACUCAUCCUCCGGUGCGUCCACCCCCAGGACAAGGCCAUGGCUCUCGGGCUCAUACAGUUCGCCAUAGGUCUAUUCGGUAAUGUGCCUUGCCCCAUAUUGUACGGAGCGGUCGUCGACUCGGCGUGUCUCGUAUGGGAAAUGACGUGCGGAAAACAAGGAGCAUGCUCUCUGUACAACUCUGACUCGUUCCGUAUUUUCUACCACGGUGUUACUGGAUUGCUGAUGAUGUGCGCAUUUUUCGUGGACAUAAUUGUCUGGUACAAAGCGGGCAGUAUUAACUUUCAGGACGAUCACCAAUUACAGGUCAGCGAGGAAGAGCUGAGUCAGCUGACACCCAUAACCGACAAAACCGAAACGACCGUUUAAGCAAUACGUAUACAUCACAAUGAAGAACAUUAACACUGGCCUGAGAUGUCUCAUUCCACAAACAUAACCUUGGAGAGAUCUGUUUAGUUUUUAUUACACAAUUAUUGACCGAUUUUAAAAGGGUUUAAUUUUAUAUUUUUCCACUUUUAAUAUUGUUAC